UACCCAUUCAGCAGCUGGAAAGACUGGGAAGUUGGGUUGUGGCUCCUUUGCUCAGGAUUGAGCAUGGGGAAGAUAGACAGUUUUCUUUCACUUGAGAUGGUGAGUAACAAAUUUACCCUUCCAUUGUCAUUCCUUUGGGCCAAGGAACUCUGCAGUAGAGUGGAAAUGUUGCCCAGCAGUCUGUGCUGGAUGUCUCAAAUCAUACCUACAAAAUAUCCUACAAAAUUGCCCAUUGUGUUGUAUUGGUGCGAUCCCCUGGACUGUAUUUCAAACCUUCUCAACCAUCCUGCCUUUCAUGAUCAGCUGGACUUUAUGCCUCGCAGGGUGUAUACCACUACACAGAGGUUGUGUCACAUGUACUCAGAA